AUGCAGUACAAAACGUUUAUCCACCAGUUGCAUGCGAUCCUCCAGCAUCCAGAACUGCAAUAUUGGAUCCGAUGGAACGAGGAAGGGGGUGGCGACACAGACGCGUUUCUGAUCCGGCCACAUGACUCCGGCUUCGCAGCCGGAGUCCUGCGCCGGUUCUUUAAACACGGCAAGGUGUCGAGCUUUGUGCGCCAACUGCACAUGUACGGGUUCCACAAACUGGCCACAGAAACGGAGGGUGCGGAGGACAAGACGUGUGUGGUGUGGAAGUUCGCGCAUCCGUCCGGCGCGUUCCACCGCAACAGCUCCGUGGUGGAGCUGAACCGGAUCGUGCGCAAGAACGGCGGGGCGGGCAAGAAUGGCAAACGCAAGAAUGUGCUGUCGCCCGUGUGCAUCAACUACGUCGGGGCUCCACUCCCGAGUCUCAAGCCCCUGCCGGACGAGGUCCCACAAAGCCCCCCGUCGCCGUUGCUGUACCCGUCCCGCCACAACUCGCAGCCGUCCGUCGAGGCUCCGCUACCGCAGCUGGCGUCGUCCUUCCCGCUAGCGGCUGCCUCCAACACGCAGGUACAACACUUCCAGACAAACUUGAACCUGAUGCAGAAAAGUCUGGUCACCGUGCUCGAGGUGCUCCAACACUUCCCUUCCGGGUCCGCAGCAAAGGCAGAAUCCGUGUCUGCCACACUGCUGGCGCUGAAAAACGAGAUCAGCUGUCUCGACACCAAAUGGACGUUUUUGAAACACCCGACGCUUUCUACCCAUUCCAGCUUCAGCAGCGUGGGUUCUUCUUCGUUUUCGCAUCCAUCGGGCCCGCCUCCCACAAGUCGAAUCUCCAGUCUGUCGACGCAAAAAAGCUCGAUUUUCAGUACGGUUCUGGGGAACUCCAGGAAUGCGAGGAUGGAUGGCUUUAAGCAUUGCUGA